CGGAGGGAGGGAGGGAAAGAAGGAGGAGGCGGUGGAACGCGCUCGGCUCCGUGGGCCGAAGGUCGGGCGAUGGAGGAGCACGGGGAGCCGUCUUACAGCGGCCGCAGCCCCGCCUGGGAGGAGCUGGAGUCCGGGAAGAUGGCCGGGGCCGAGGCAGGGAUGAGCGGCGCCGGGAUCCAGCAGCAGCCCCAGCAGCAGCCCCAGCACCCGGCGGCGGCGGCGGCGGACGAGUCGUCGGACAGCGAAGGGGAGCACGAGGGCCCCCAGAAACUCAUCCGGAAAGUGUCCACCUCGGGCCAGAUCCGCAGCAAGACAAGUAUAAAAGAAGGAUUACUACUGAAGCAAACCAGUUCUUUUCAGAGGUGGAAAAAGCGUUACUUCAAGCUUCGAGGUCGUACCCUUUACUAUGCUAAGGAUUCAAAGUCUCUAAUAUUUGAUGAAGUUGACCUGUCUGAUGCCAGCGUGGCUGAGUCGAGCACAAAAAAUGUCAACAACAGCUUCACGAUAAUCACUCCGUUUAGGAGGCUGAUACUGUGUGCUGAGAACAGAAAAGAAAUGGAGGACUGGAUAAGCUCUCUGAAGUCCGUACAGUCCCGGGAACACUAUGAGACGGCACAGUUUAAUGUGGAACAUUUCUCAGGGAUGCAUAACUGGUACGCCUGCUCCCAUGCCCGACCCACCUUCUGCAACGUGUGCAGAGAGAGCCUCUCUGGAGUCACUUCUCACGGCCUGUCCUGCGAAGUGUGUAAGUUUAAAGCACAUAAAAGAUGCGCUGUCAGAGCAACAAAUAACUGCAAAUGGACUACAUUAGCCUCCAUUGGAAAAGAUAUCAUAGAAGAUGAAGAUGGUAUAGCUAUGCCUCACCAAUGGUUAGAGGGUAAUUUGCCCGUCAGUGCCAAAUGCGCAGUCUGCGACAAGACCUGUGGCAGUGUUUUACGCCUACAAGAUUGGAAGUGCCUUUGGUGUAAAGCUAUGGUUCACACUGCGUGUAAGGAUCUGUACCCUCGUAAAUGUCCACUUGGCCAAUGUAAGGUAUCGAUCAUACCUCCAACAGCACUAAACAGUAUAGACUCUGAUGGUUUCUGGAAAGCCACAUGCCCGCCAUCCUGUGCCAGUCCUCUUUUAGUUUUUGUUAACUCAAAGAGUGGAGACAAUCAGGGAGUAAAGUUUCUUCGUCGAUUCAAACAGUCGUUAAAUCCAGCUCAGGUGUUCGAUUUAAUGAAUGGAGGACCUCACUUAGGUUUGAGGCUAUUUCAGAAGUUUGACAACUUCCGGAUUCUUGUAUGUGGUGGAGAUGGAAGUGUGGGUUGGGUGUUGUCAGAAAUCGAUAAACUCAGCUUGCACAAACAGUGUCAGUUAGGAGUGUUACCCCUUGGUACUGGAAAUGACCUUGCUCGUGUCCUUGGUUGGGGAGGAUCCUGUGAUGAUGAUACGCAGCUUCCUCAGAUUUUGGAGAAAUUGGAAAGAGCCAGCACAAAAAUGUUAGACAGGUGGAGUAUAAUGUCAUAUGAACUAAAAUUACCAGCAAAGCCUUCAAUUCCUUCAGUCACUGUUGAAGAAGAGUCAGAGGAAUGCCAGAUCUCGGCUUAUGAGGAUUCAGUUGCUGCUCAUCUUGCAAAAAUUCUCAAUUCUGAUCAGCACUCAGUUGUCAUAUCUUCUGCCAAAAUAUUGUGUGAAACUGUAAAGGACUUUGUUGCCAAAAUAGGGAAGACUUACGAAAAACCAGUGGAAAAUGCAGAUGAAGCUGAUGCCAUGGCCAUUAAAUGUUCAGAGCUAAAUGAAAAGCUCGACCUGUUGCUCCAAGCGCUUCACACAGAAGCCCAGGCUGCUCCUAUUCUCCCAGGCGUCACUCCCCCCAUUGUUGAAGAAGAAGGAGAGGAGUUUUCAAGUGAGGAAUCCCUGUCUGAAAGUAAAGAGCAAUUAGUGGAAUGUGUUGCAAAGUCUUCCACCCAGAAACUCUUCAAACCAAGAGAACAGUUGAUGCUCCGGGCAAACAGCUUAAAGAAGGCUGUGAGGCAGAUCAUUGAACAAGCAGAAAAAGUUGUGGAUGAGCAAAAUGCUCAUAGUGAAGAACAAGUGAACCAGUCCCCUGUAGAAUACAGCAAGGAGUUGGAUGAAUCCAAAGAAGAGGAAAAAGAGGAAGAUACAAAGGAAUAUGAAUCCCAGACAAGUAAAACUGCACCAAGAUCUCCUGAUCGACGUACAAGUCGAGGUAUCCAUUCUCAGACAGGCUCUUUCUCUGCUCCAGCUUUGGCUGCCAGCAAAGAGAACCUCCCUGUCCUUAACACUAGGAUUAUCUGCCCAGGUUUAAGGGCUGGCCUAGCUGCUUCUAUUGCAGGAAGUUCAAUUAUUAGCAAAAUGUUAUUGGCUAACAUUGAUCCAUUUGGUGCUACACCAUUUAUUGACCCGGAUCCAGAUUCAUUGGAGGGAUAUUCAGAAAAAUGUGUCAUGAACAACUAUUUUGGAAUUGGGUUAGAUGCAAAAAUUUCACUUGAAUUUAAUAACAAGCGAGAAGAGCACCCUGAAAAAUGCAGAAGUCGGACAAAAAACAUGAUGUGGUAUGGAGUUCUUGGCACAAAAGAGCUACUGCAGAGAACUUACAAGAACUUAGAACAAAAAGUUCAACUUGAGUGUGAUGGACAGUACAUCCCUCUUCCAAGCCUGCAGGGCAUAGCUGUGCUAAACAUUCCCAGCUAUGCUGGUGGGACCAAUUUCUGGGGAGGAACCAAGGAAGAUGAUAUAUUUGGGGCCCCAUCUUUUGAUGAUAAAAUCCUAGAAGUUGUGGCCGUAUUUGGUAGCAUGCAGAUGGCAGUUUCAAGAGUUAUCAAACUGCAGCACCACCGGAUAGCUCAGUGUCGGUCAGUGAAGAUCACCAUACUUGGUGAUGAAGGGGUUCCAGUGCAAGUCGAUGGAGAGGCAUGGAUCCAGCCCCCAGGAGUUAUUAAAAUUGUACAUAAAAACAGAGCUCAGAUGCUAACACGAGACAGAGCCUUUGAAAACACCCUGAAGUCUUGGGAAGACAAACAAAAGUACGAUUCCUGCAAAUCUGUCAUUCGAUCUCCCUUAUACCCUCAACAGGCUGUUGAGUUGGCUACAGAAGAAGAAGUCACACAGGUCCAGCUGUGCUCACAAGCUGCAGAAGAACUUAUUACAAGAAUCUGUGAAGCAGCAAAAAUACAUGGCCUCUUGGAGCAGGAGCUUGCUCAUGCUGUUAAUGCGUGUUCACAUGCAUUAAAUAAAGCCAACCCAAGGUUUCCUGAGAGCCUAACCAGAAACACUGCCAUGGAGAUAGCUGUCAACGUGAAGGCCUUACAUAAUGAAACUGAAUCUCUGCUAGUAGGAAGAGUUCCUUUGCAGUUGGAAGCUCCCCAUGAAGAGCUGUUGUCUGAUGCUUUGCACAGCGUGGAAACAGAGUUGAGAAAACUUGCUGAGAUACCUUGGCUUUAUUAUGUUUUUCAGCCAAAUGAUGAUGAGGAUCCCCCUCUGGAUUAUGCUAAAAGAAACAACAGAAGUACAGUGUUUCGCAUAGUGCCAAAGUUUAAAAAAGAAAAAGUUCAGAAGCAUAAGACCAGCCCUCAGCCUGUUCAAAAAUGGGGCACAGAUGAAGUUGCUGCUUGGCUGGAUCUGCUCAGUUUGGGAGAGUACAAAGAAAUCUUCAUCAGCCAUGACAUCCGAGGCUCUGAGCUUUUACAUCUGGAAAGGCGAGAUCUUAAGGACCUGGGGAUAACGAAAGUGGGUCAUAUGAAGCGAAUUCUCCAGGGAAUUAAGGAGCUCAGCAAGAACACCCCUUUGUUUGAAGUGUAAUUGUGCUGGUGCUCUCGGAAGAAAGGGAACAUUGCUGGAGAAGCGAAGCCGUUGCAGGCACUUGGCUGUCUUUGUAGUUUAUUGUAUGGAAGAAUAAGCGCUAGCGUGUUCGUACAGGCUAGCAUUGCCCAGUACUUGUGUGGCGAAGAGCUUGUUGCAAGAGCAUAAGAGAAUUUGUGCCAAAAGAAAAAAAAAAAAAAAAAAAGAAAUGGUUAUGUGUUCUGUGAAGGAGUUUUCUCGGUGUUCACACUUGGCCAGUUCAGAUAAGCACAUUUUGGUAAAUCAGUUGAUGGUGAACUGCACUGACUGGAAAAUAUAUCAAGAAACGAUCGCUUUGCUUACAUGCAGCUCAGUAUGCCUCUCUCUUACAACGCAGCAAGAUGCCGCCGUACAGCACGAGGUUGUCUGGUUGCCCUUCCUGGGCACAGAUCCCCUACAGCUUCCUGUGCAGGAGCCUGAGAGGUGGCCGCUUCCGAGGUUCCACACGCGGGUCUGGCAAUGCCUCAGGUACCAGGCGCUCACGGGCCACGCAGGAUGGGGAAAGAUACCUUCUUGUACUCUGAAUGCCAACUAUAAUGCAUGGUGUGCCUGCCUGACUUGUCUGUCAUUCCGUUUGCAUGACAUAUCUGAUACUUUAAACACUUGAACAACUUUUAUAUCGGUUUGAAUGAGAAUUAAUUUAUUACUACUUGAGUGUCCUUUUUCGGUUCCAGGCACUUUUCUAUUCUUCAGUGUUGUGUUAUUCCUAAAUGAGUUCUAUGGCAAAGGAUGUGUGGGUGUGGAAACUUGAGCAUUUGUGCCAUAUUCAGCAAGUUGUAUGCAUUAUAUAUGAUUGGGACGUUGUACAGUUAGAUUUUUAAAUAUACCAUGUACAGAAGGUGUAUCAGGUAACUAACUUAUGAGUAUUUUUGAAAGAUCAGUACCUCACAAAAAUAUCAGUUGGCUUCCUGCAUGGAAAAUGAUAAGGAAUUUUCUCAUGGUGCAUUAAAUGUAGUUAUCCAGUUAUCUUAAACAUCCGUAGCAUAUCGGAGCUUUUAGGAACUAAUGGUUUUAUUUAUUCUGCUGUGCAAAAAGCAGGUUGAAAGAUUAACGAAAAUUUCUUACAGGAAAAUUCGAUUUAUUUAUCACGCAUAAAUAAGGAAAGUGUUAAAAUGUAGCAGCUGAUUUGAUUUUUGUGGGGUCAGCUUAUACUCAUUACUAAUAUACUAUUAAUUUAAAAAAUUGUCUGUAUGCAUUUCUUUACAGAGGCAUCAAUUUAUUUGUCAGCACUCCUACAUCAGUAGAUCAUAAAAAAAUUAAGAGAAUCUGAAGUUUUACACUAUGCAUGCAAAUACGAUUCACAUGCAAACUAGUAAUCUGUGAGUGUUAUAAGGUUAAAAAUGAAAGCCAUCUUUGUUUAGUAAUUGCAUUAGACUAGAGUUUAUAAGGCUAUUUACAAUUUACUUAAACAAAACAUAGCUUCAUAAUUGAAUUUCUGGUUAAUUUCUCACAAAGUAUUAAUCUAGUAGAAAAAUAACAUACAUAAUAUCUAGGGGUUAAGACACACAGAACCUGCUUCAGUGGCUGAGAUGAGAUGAUACUGCAUCACACGCCAGAGAACUUGCACAGAACUGCUUGUCUUGCUGUUCUGAUCAGUGCAGCUUUCCCACCCCAGGAACUCUUGAUUUAUGCUUUAUUGAGUAUCUUUGUCAAUUCUUACAAGUUAACAACCAUGUUAAUAUCUAUUUCUGUUUUCCUAGUAGACAGCAGAAUAAGGUUUCAUUUGUUUUGCCGAAAGCUUUUCCUUACUUAAAGGGGACAACGCCAAGUACCACAGCCAGAUUUUGUCCUCCAUUUCUCAGGAGGUUGGCGAGAUUCAUCCCUUGGGAAGUCAGAUGUGCUCCCCUCAUUGUUCUAUUGCAAGUAAAGUUAAAAAGGAGGAAGGCAAGCUUUGUUUAUAUCCAUUUAUAGUACUGCACGUUCUUGCUGCUGUAGCUUAAACCGUCACCGCUCUGGGAGCUUUGUGGACAUAAUUCAUUGUUCUGGUCAACAAACAAAAGUAAAAGGCAAUGCUCCAUUAGUUUUUUGGUUCAGAAAGAAACAAAAGCCAUUCACCAAGUGACAUUAUUUUCAUGCUGUUGUAUUAAAAGCAUAUGCAAACAAUGGAAAGGUUUUUUCUUUCGUGUACUUGACGUUGACCCCUUUAAUGAUGACCAAAUGUCAUCUGCCGAGUCUUCACAAGUUACGUGUCCUUUUCUCUUUGUUUCCUUGUAAGCUAAGCUAUAUUUUAAUGUGUGGCGCAAUUCUGAUGUGUCAGUGUUGUGGUUGAUGAUGUAGUUAGUCCACCUGGUCAAGUUGAGGAUAUAAUUCAUGAUAUUAUUUUCUUUGCUUUCCUGAUUCACUCUCCCCAUAGCUUUCAGUCUUGCUAUCUGCACUGCAGUAAGAUGGGCUCUGGAACAGGAUUGAGUUAAGGCCAUGUGAUGACAGCUAUAAAGGCCUACACAGUAUUAAAAAAAAAAAAAGGAGAUGCUUUUAGGCAGGAAGAAUGACAAAGUGUUGUUUUGGAAUGCAGCUUUCUUAUGACACUCUUCAAAUUACCUCAGUGUAGGACAACUUGUCUUUACGAAGUUCCAUUAUUUUAAAUGAUCACCAAAGAAUUCAAUUUUGAUUGUCCUAAAGCAGAGGGUUUUUUAAAAAAGUGCAAGUAGAAAAAGUAGUUUAGGCAACAGUUAUGUUUUAUAUAAUAGACGUUCAAGAGAGCACGUUUCAUGCAACUCUAUGCCUUAGAAUAGUUUUGAAUAUCAGUUCCAAAUGCGUUGGACAAGGAGGCUCAAAAUAUCUUACAGGAUUUCUCUGUUGAGGUCGUGUUUUGUAUCUGUGUUAUGAGAUGUGGCUUUUGUCAAGAUUGAUUUUCGAAUGCAAUGUUACUAUCUCGUGAUUAUUGUAGAUUUACAAGUAUGUUUUUUUUCCCUACUGCUCUCAAAGUCCCAGCUCCCAGAACUGAGGACACACACAGUUUCAUUUUUAACAUACAGAAUUCUUUAUAAUUUAAUCUCGAUGCUUAAGGCAUUUCAAAGCAUACUUUCUAACAUUUCAUAGAAUCAUCAUAGAAUCAUAGAACGGCCUGGGUUGAAAAGGACCAUAAAGAUGUGGCUCUGGGCAGCCUGGUCUAGUGGUUGGCAACCCUGUCUGUGGGAGGGGGAUUGAAACGAGGUGAUCUUUGAGAGCCUUUUCAACCCAGGCCAUUCUAUGAUUCUGUGAUCAUCUCGUUUCAACCCCCUGCUAUGUGCAGGGUCGCCAACCAGCAGACCAGGCUGCCCAGAGCCACAUCCAGCCUGGCCUUGAAUGCCUCCAGGGAUGGGGCAUCCACAGCCUCCUUGGGCAACCUGUUCCAGUGCGUCACCACCCCCUGUGUGAAAAACUUCCUCCUAAUAUCUAACCUAAACUUCCUCUGUCUCAGUUUAAAACCAUUCCUCCUUGUCCUUUCUCUAUCGAUCCUUGUAAACAGUCGUUCCCCCUCCUGUUCAUAAACUCCCUUCAAGUACUGGAAGGCCACAAUGAGGUCUCCUCAAAGCCUUCCAAAGAAGGUAAGCAACUUCCCUUGAAGUAGUUAAUUUUCUGGAAAACUAGUUAUCCCAGUAGCUUUUGUGGAGGCUAAUUCAACUUGCUAGAUUCAAGACAAAAAUCACUAUCCAGUACUCACUGGAUUCAUUUUUUUCUGUAGUCUAACACAACUCUACUGUCUGUCAGUGUACCUUAAAAUCUAUGAAAGCAAUGCCAAGCAAUCAGCAUUUUUUUGAAGUGGAUGGUAUUCAUAGAACCAUAGAAUGGCCUAGGCUGAAAAGGACCACAAUGAUCAUUUAGUUUCAUGUAGAUGAAUGUGCUCCACUUCAAAAAGAAGAGGAGAAGCAAGUUGUAAAAUGGCAGCGCAUUGCUCAGAGUGCUUUUGUUUUUCAUCAUUUUCCUAUAGUUUUUUCCAUCUAAUUGCAUUCAGGUGUCUUAGCAGCUUCUUAUUUGGGUGAUACAAAUAUUGCCUUGUAGUACAUAAUGCCUUUUUUUUAGAAACUGGAUCACAUCAGCCAACUGUGUGUUUCUAGGUUUUUGGUGUUUAUUUUUGUUUUACGGUACUUUAAAGAAAAGCUUGUGCAAAUUUUUUUUUAUAAGAUGGCAAUUGAAAAUUUUAUUCAUGAUAUAUUUUUAUGUAUUUGCCCUUAAACAACAUUUUUUCUCCCAAACACCAGCUUCUGUCAACGAAAAAUAUAUUAAACUUAUGGAAGAACAGAAUGGAAAGCAGGUGUUCAAAAACCCUCCACGACUAUUCCUAAGGAUUCCUUACUUUGGGACUGGAGUAAAUACCUUUGGGUCCUCUAAAUAAUAAAUAGAACACAUCCUUCUUUCUCCAUCCCUGCCCAAAGAAAUUCAGACUGAAAUGUAUAAUUGUAAUUCAGGCAAGAGGAAUUGAUUUUUCUUUUUUAUUAUGGCAUAUUUUGUAUUUUCCUGUGCUCUUUGUAUGGUAAUACAAAACCUGCCAGUUUUUACUCUUUAAUUGAACUCACUGAUACUAAUUCACUUAAUGAAAAAGUCAUAAUGCCUUGAUAAUGCAUCUUACUAUGGGGUUAAAUAAUCCAUAUUUCUUAUUGCAUCUAGUUUUCUUUUGUAGAAGACUGGAACCUUUCCACACAUAAUAUAAAAGUAAAGUAUAAAACAAAUAGGAGAUGAAAUGCAGCAACGUUGCCUUUAAAAUAAGUUUAGAACUCUAUAUUAGGCAUAGAUAAUUCCACAGUGGAUAUGUAAGAAAAAAACCUCCAGACCCCAGUGAUUCCAUUUUGCUCAAUGUUUGCUAUUAAUGAUUGCAUUACUAAUGUUUAGUGCUCUUUUUCCUUUGCUCUCCCCAUGCCCCUGAGUAUUAAUUUAUUGCAUACAAGUUUGACAGUUCUAGUAACUAAUAAUUAGCAGUGUAAAGUCUGUUUGUGAAAGUUAAUGUUACAAGCAAUGCAUGUUGUUGAGGAAAACAGUGCUGGAGGAAUAUAUUCUGCUUACAACUAGGAGAUCAUCUGUCACUUGUGUAAGUGAGAGCCACAGCAAACUGUAUGAAGUUUUUCUUUUAUUUUUUCACCCCAAUGUACCUCUCAACUGCAUUGCUCUGAGUGUCACAUUCGUGCCACGGGCUCUCCCAUUUUUUGGUUGUUUUCUUAGAUUCUGUGUUUUGUGGUAUGAUUUUCAUAUCAUCAAUUGUGAUGCUGCUUAUGCUCACUACUAAGAUCUAACGUUUGCAGGAACUGUACAUGAUUGUAUGUUUGUCUUAAGCAAAAGGAGUUUUUGAUCACCUUAGGAAACCGAGGAGUUUGGACAAGACUUAAACUCUUCCUGCUGCCUCUUGAAUGGUAGAAUGGUAGUGUCAGCAGGAUUGAUAGAGCAUAGAGUGGUAAUUAUCAGCUGAAAAACUUCACUGGUUACAUAAAGUCCUUUAUUUAUAUUGAGAACAUAGUGUGCAACUCAAUCUUUUUUACAAAAGGAGAAAACAAUUUCUACUUCUUACUACUGUUGCAUUAGGUUAAAAAGCUCUGUUAAUGGGUAGCUUAUGUACUUGAGAUGCUCAUUUCUGCCACACAGAAGCCCAGACUGCUCUCACAAAGCAGUCCAAAGUAUUCCAUUUGGAAGCCAUCUGGAGAGUUCCAGGAGGCUUACAACCAUUUAGAGCUAAUACCAAUGUUUAUUGUGACUUUCCUAGGCUUAAUGUGUUUGCCCUCAAGUUCAUAAGCAAAGGGAAUGUUUUUGAAAGUUGCAUUUUUGAAGUCUUUGGAACUAAACUUAAAAUUCUAUCAUAGAAUCGUGGACUCAUAAAAUUAUUUGAGAUGGAGGGGACCUUUGAAGAUCAGUUAGCCCAACUCUCCUGCAGUGAACAGGGACAUAUCAUCCUUUAUUAUCACUAAUAAUAAUAAUAAUAAUAAUAAUAAAAUAUUAGCACUAUUAAGACAUUGGCAAACCAGCAAAAUUCUGGCAGCUAUAGUCCUGAGACUAUUCUUGGUCAAAUUGCAAUCAAUUAAGCUGCAGUGGUUAAAGAGCUUCCACCUUCAGAGCAAUCAGCAGAAAAUGUGUAUAUUUAUGUGCUUUACUGAUAAAAAUCUAUUGCAAAUAAUCAAAAAACUUCUCUCCCAAUUGACACCACGUUUUUUAUAUAAGCACCUGGAUCAGAUUUUGAACCCAUGGGGCCUAAAAUCCUCCAAGUUACACACUUGCAAUCUCCACCGAAAGCUGCAUUUGAAAAGAUAAUGAAAGGAAAAGCAGUAUGAUACAAAGUGCUAAGCCAUUUGAUUUUUUAUUUUUUUUUGUUAAUAAAUACAAACCUCUACAGUGCCCCAAAUGCCUACUGUGAAGAUUUAAAGGGAAUUAACCCAGGGAGUUCUACUUUGAAACAACUAAUUAGAUUGGAAAACUGUUUAGUUAUUAAUUAAUAACCUAACAGUGACAUUAAAAUGAUUGUUUUUAGAAUCAUAGAAUCACCGAAUGGCCUGGGUUGAAAAGGACCGCUAUACUGCUUAGUCAGACUUGACUGGAUUUUCUACAGGCAUCUGUCACUUGUGGACCUACUUCCUCACUUAGAUUUCUGUGUAUUUAAAAUGUGCACUUAGGAAAACACCAUCAUCCAUUUAGGACAAAAUUACCAUUUUUCCUGUCAAGCAGGAAAAAGGGCAGUUUCCGAACUUGCCUUGAAAUAUUUCCCUCCGUCAGGCGCUGUGUUCUAUCCUGUCCUUUGAAUCCUAAAAGAGGGGCUUCCCUAGAGCUGCCAAACACAUAGCCAGUAAUUUAAUUUGCUGCUGUUUGUAUGUCAGUAGGGCCUUUUUCUCAUCGUAGGGCAGGAUUCACAGCAGAUUAGAUGUGCUGCAAAUGUUGUUUGUACAUAAAGAGUACAAACCAUUGGGGACUUGCAGGAGGAGAAGAGAGCCUGAUCUUUGCAACAGAGAUUUGAUGUUUUUUCAUCACUGUCCUCACACCCAAGUAAUUUAAUGACAUCUUAUACUAGCAGCUGCUGAAUAUCUAUGGCACACCCUUUAUACCUCCCAAAAAACCUCCUGAUUUGUAACUUAGAUACACAUCAACUAUCUUAAUAAACAAAUAAUGUCUUAAACACCAGUAAAAUCCAGAAGCUAAGUCAGCACUUAGUUAUAGCUCUCCACUGAUGGUUAUUUUUUCAGAAUACAUCCGUUAUUAUUCUUUGCUCCGAAAAGAUAGAAAGUUUCCCUAGUAUGUACAGAGAUGGUAUCUUUAAACGAGGAAUGCUACUGAAUUGCAUGAAUUUGUUUGCAGUGUGUGUUUUGGCAUGUAGAAAAGGUAGCUGAUUUCUUCUAAGUGUGUUAGAGAGGUGCUCUUUUUAGCCAGGCUUUUCUCUUCAGUGAGCAUUCAGCUUGUAUUCAUGAUACAGGGGUGAGCCAAUACUGUAAUAGCAUUCACUUAUUUGCAUGAGUGACUGCAUAAAGCACACAGGCAAGUGGUGCAGAAUGCACUGCAUUCAGAAAUGCAACACUGUCAUCUUAUGCACAACUCAUAUGUUUGGGUUUGAAUUAAGUUCUGAAGCAAAAAGCUGAAAUGCAACUUUUCCACCUAUUUUAAAGAAAUACCAAUGAGGAAGGGAAAAUAUUCAACGUAAUUUGCUCUGUUUUAGAUAAAUAAAAAACAAUCACAGGCUCACUGGGUGAUUUAGCUUGAAAGUGACCAGCGGAGGUCAUCUGGUCCUACCAGCACACUCUGUAGCUUCUACUGUUCAUUUUCACUUGGUCCCGUUCACUCUACAAGGAGAUUUGUUGUUUUUGCAAAUAUGCAGAGUAAGGCCACGGAUCUGUUGGCACUUAAUGCACGCGCUUGGCUUCAAACAGCACUUUAGUCCUUCUUUGUUUUAGCAUUUAUAUGUAAACCUCCAGAUUUGGGUAGGUAGAAGUUGUUCCUCAUGUGAAAGUUGUCUUCAGAUUGAUCAGUGAUGAAUUUCUGAAUGCUGUACCUAUGAAUGUUGUUCUCUUGCCAGUAUUGUAUGUGCAUGCCUGUAUAUAUGCAGUAUGUAGUUAGUAGUGUGUGUGUGUGUGCAUGCACACUUGUACAUAUAUAUAUAUAUAUAUAUAUACACCCUGGUUUUGCCCAAUGUAAGGACACCAGCUUGUGUGCAGAGCCAAAAAACUUAAAUGUAUACAAUGCUUGAGAUGCUGCAUUGUUUUUAUGAUAAUAUUUUUUAUAUGAGAUGAAUGGCAGGAUGUUUACAGACGCUUGUUAAUAUUUAACUUAUACAGCAGUGUGGCAGGAUGUCUAUGGUUGUUGUCAGCUGAAGAAUUGUACAAGAUUCUGGGUGAAAUUUUGGCUUUGUACAAAUCCUUGCCAAAACUCCCAUCGAUCUCACAGCGGCCAAGAUUAAACCCCUCUGAAUCCGUUGUUUACUGGCUGUUUUCCUACUGUGAUAUUAUUAUUAUUUGUUUUGGAAUGAGUGAAAUGUAUUUAUUUUUCCCAAUGUGAAAUUUGCAGUUGCUGUUUGGAUUUUUCUAGAGAACCUGCGAAAUACAACACGUGGGAAUAUAUGCCUCAUCGAAUGUACAGACUUUUUCAUUGUUCUGGUCCUUGAAUAUGUCUAUGAAAAUUGCUUCUAAAAGACCUUUUGUAAGAUUUAAUACGGAAUCUUCUAAAAGUAGAUCGUGUUUCACACCUCUCUACAAAGUUGGCAUGUAGUGUGGUAAGCGAAAAUGAAGAAAUAUUUAUUGGUGAAUAGAAAGAUGUCCCUUCUCUUUUCUACACCUACUGAUUUCCUACAGCUCGCCUGGCUCUGUAGACCUGGAGUGAGUCACUUUAAGUACCUUAUCCAAAAGUUCCUUAUCUGAAAACAUCCUUUAUAUUCUGUACAGCUUUAAACUUCUUGAGAUGUGGAGGUAACUUCAGAGCUAGUCUGAAGGAUGACUCUUGUAAUGUUUCACAAGUGAAUAAAAUUAUGCAAAUAUUAAGUAGGAGAGUAAAUCAGACAACUGCUUGAUAUUAGAGAAAUGGCUUGUUUAGAGACAGAAGGAUCAGUUCUUCAGCAGUGGCAGGGAGGAAAAUUACUGUAAUGCAGUGCUUCCUAAAUCCCUUUACAGGGUAUUUUUUAAUUGUGGAUGCUAUGAGUUUAUUCCUCCAGUAGAAAGACGGAAGGCUGUGAAACAGCUGCAUAAACACAAAUUCAUUUCUUUGUCUAAGGCUAAAAAUAUUGUUUUCAAACAAGAGCUGUCAUGCACUGAAAAAUAUGUGUCCAGGACAGGUAAGUUGGUAAUCACAGAAUCAUAGAAUGGCCUGGGUUGAAAAGGACCACAAUGAUCAUCUGGUUUCAACCCCCCUGCUGAGUGCAGGGCACCAACCACUGGACCAGGCUGCCCAGAGCCACAUCCAGCCUGGCCUUGAAUGCCUCCAGGAAUGGGGCAUCCACAGCCUCCUUGGGCAACCUGUUCCAGUGCUUCACCACCCUCUGUGUGAAAAAUUUCCUUCUAAAACUUCCUCUUACCUAUCAUCAUAGGGAGUCAUCCCAAGGACAGAGCAGGAUUUGUAAAAUGAUGUAUUUACCAACAACAUUAUCAAUAUUUUAUCGUAUUACCCUGUAAGACUCAUUCUGAAGACCUCUGUACAGAACACCCACCACUCCCAGGCAUCUUUUUCUAUAUCUUUGUUUAAGAAAGGAUAAUAUUUCAAUUCACACUCAUCCUGUUGCUAAUGUGGAAGGAAGCUGGUUGAACUUUCUGGGAGUUUGUUAGCUAUAGAAAUUCCAAAAGAAGCAGCAGUGGUGGCAAGCAGUGAGCUCCUGGAGGAUGCACAGGGCUCUGCCUGGGCUCACUGCUGUGCUAAUGUCAAUCUGACAUGGGCAUUAGUGGGAGCAGGUGGGUGCUCAAGUGAGCUGACAGCUUUCCUUUUGCAUGCUCUUUGUCUUUCUGUAAUUCUAAUCAGGAAUGGGUUUCAGGGCUCAGUGUUAUUUGUCAGAAGGGCCGUGAUGGGUACAGGAUAUCAGAGGGAAUGAGGAGGGUGGGCAGUCGAGGGCCACAGGUUCUGCUUUUGGCUUCAUGUGCUGAGGACUGGGGCAGGUGGGUUACCUCUGUGUGCCUCUCUUUCUCUGCCUGUGGGAGGGGGGAUGCUCACCACUUGGUACAGCCCCGGAUGCCUAUAGAAGAGCAGUGGUAUACAAGUGGCUAAGUUUUACUGACGCUGUUCUAUGUAGCAUAAAUAAUUUCGUCCACAACACUGCAAAGAUUGCUUUUUUUCUGGUUUCAGCUCUGACUAUUUGAUGACCUACUACAUUCUGAGUAGUCAGUUUUGAAGCUUAGCAAUUGCUAUGGCGCUGCAAUUACACACAUAGCGGGCUCUGUUUGCUGCAGAAAAGAGUAAAACUUUAAACUGCCUGACAAAACUUGCCAAUUAAGUAUAUCUAACAGAGCAGGGGUGUAACUUUCGGCUUUAUUUACUUGUAAUAAUGGUAAGGAACAGUGAAUUUUGUUUGUUUACAUACUGUUUACAAUGGCACAGUUUUAUUUUUAAUAUAUAAAAACAAUUGAGGUAUUUAUUGCAUAUACUAUUUUAAAGAUGUUUUAUGUGUUUUCACCUUUGGAAUAUAUUGUUACAUUUCCUUGUACAGAUAAUUUGGGUGGCUUUGUUAAUAUAGUUAGUAAUUUUUAUGACUACUAAGUGACCAGUUUUCCGUGCCUUUUUAUUGUUGGAUGCAUGAUUACAUAUUUAUUAUUGUAUGGAAGUCACUGAGAUGUGUAUUUUUGUAUUCUGCUGGAAGCAAUGGUUGAUUUUAUUGUACAUGAUAAAAGAUGCCUUCCAUAUUGGGCACUCAUACGAGAUCUUCCUUCUCAAAUAAACAGAAUGCAUUCAAUGUACGUAAGUCUUUGAAUUCUUUCUGUGUCUGGAAAUUGAUGGAGAUCCUUGAUCAUUACACUGAAUUUUAAAUGUUAUCCGCUCAAAAUGUGGGCCAGCAACGACGUCAUCAAAUCUAAAACAAAAUUCCCCACUGAAAUCAAUACAAAAGUAAUUUCUUGGCACAAUGUAAGCCUUUGUAAUUUAAAAGAAAAAACUGUGUAUGUUAAAACUAAAUAAAAUGUGGAUGAAUGACUA